GAAUACCGGUAUGGUACAGUACGGUACGCGUACGAUACCCGGCCGUAUACACUUCCUGAUGCGGUCACCAAAAGUUGACUUCAUCAGGUCAAGUUUUGUAUGUCUCUGUGUUGUUGGUUCUGAACUUCUGAUUUCCAAGCUAGACGAAAAACUGUUGAAGUUAUUAUGGCUGAUGACGAGCCAUCUGACAGCUCCAAGCGUUCAGAUAUUUACAACACACCUCGUGUUGUCACCAUCUGCAAGAGUGAGACGGGAUUUGGCUUCAAUGUACGGGGGCAAGUCAGCGAAGGUGGCCAGCUCAAAUCUAUCAAUGGCGAACUCUAUGCGCCUCUUCAACAUGUCAGCGCAGUGUUAGAAGGCGGGGCGGCCGAACGAGCAGGUAUCAUGAAGGGCGACCGGAUCUUGGAAGUAAAUAGCGUUGAUGUUGAAGGUGCUACUCACAAGUUUGUUGUGGACCUCAUCAAGCAGGGGGGCAAUGAACUUACGUUAACGGUCAUCUCUGUACCAAACUUCCGAGAGGAGAAGAAAGACUUGAGCGAUGAGUCGUCGGGGUACUCUUACUGCGACUACAGUGACAAACGACCUGUGCCUAUAACCAUACCAGACUACCAACACAUUACCAGUGAUGGAGAAAAAUAUGUGGUUUAUAAUAUCUACAUGGCAGGGAGAUUGCUGUGUUCCCACCGAUACAGUGAGUUUGCCAAUGUCCAUGCCAAGCUGAAGAGGGAGUUCAUCGACUACCAGUUUCCUAAGUUUCCGGGCAAGUGGCCCUUCACACUGUCCGACCAGCAACUAGACACAAGGCGAAGAAGUCUUGAGCAUUAUAUAGAAAAAGUGAGUGCCGUCAGGGUCAUUGGUGAGAGUGACAUCAUGCGUGACUUCCUCAGCACAGAGAUUGAUGACACUGAACCUGAGAGGUCGAGUCCAGAGCCUCCUAAAGUCCAGGUUGAGAUGAGGAUAAACCUUCCAGACAGGACAUCAGUCACGGUAACAGUCAGGAGGAACAACACUGCAGAUGAUGUAUAUAAUAGUCUAGUUCACAAGAUUGCCUUGGAUAAAGGGAUGAUCAAUUAUUUCUACCUGUUUGAAACCACUGAAAGUGGCUUUGAUCGGAAACUAUUAAGAACAGAGUUCCCUCACAACUUGUACAUUCAAAACUACUCCUCGGCCACGCCCAAUGAAAGCUGCAUAGCGAUGAGAAAAUGGGUCUUUGCGCCAACGCAAGAACUUCUAAUGAACCACGAUGAGAAAACCAUUUCAUUCCUAUUCUGGCAGGCGAUAAGCGACAUUUCACAGAAUCGGGUAAAAUGUCCGUCGGUAACGCUGUACGAACUGAAGGUUCAUCAGGAUAAAGAAAACAAAUUACAGUACUUAAAAAUUGCCAGAAGUCUUGAAGGUUACGGUAUGAUAGCAUUCCCUCAUUGUUCAUGUGAUGCUAAGAAGUCUGGUCAUGUGAUUCCUUCUGUUAGUUACAGGAGGUUUACGCUACAAGCUUGCAAGGAAGACGGAACUCUGGAGGCCCAAGCGCCUUCAUUUGAAUGGAAUGAAAUAACUCAAUACGAGACGGACGAGGAAGGAAUGGCAUUCUGUUUCGAGUACACCAAGCCAGGCAAGAAGCCGAGAUGGGUCAGAGUAUUUACUAAAUAUUUCGAAUUUCUAAAUGAGUGCUUCGCUAGGGUGCUAAAAGAAAGGGAAUGGUGCAGAGAAAACGAUCGUCAUGGCAAUGGACAACAACCAAACAAUCACAGAGAAGAGGAGGAGGAAGAUGAAGAAGAAGAGGAGGAGGAGGAAGAGGAGGAAGAAGAAGAGGAUGAUGAUGAAGAGGAGGAAGAGGAGGAAUUACAUAGAAGACCGGAACACAGAGACAUCAUAAAUGAAGAAGAUGAGGGCUUGUGACCUUUGACCUUCCAUUCAACCAAAGCAUUAUUUGCAAACCAACAGAGGACAGAUAAAACUAUAUAUGUAUACAAUAUAAAUAUAUAAAAAAGAAAGCUUUAUACAGGCAAGCAAAUCUUACAUAUCAUCUAACCAUUGAUAUGCUCUUUUUAUAACCAGUUAUUUUUAUACUCUGGACAUUUACUGAUGUUGUACACAGAAUAUGAUCUAUUAUUUUUACCAUGGUCUAUUAAGGGCUAAACAAAAUGGUAAUAAUGCAGAAAAUCUCAUGGUUUAGUUAGAUUAUAUUUUCCUCAGUAAUCAAAGAAAUAUGUAAUUAUGUAUGUUAUUUCUUUUGGUAGAAUAUGAAAUAUAUUUCCAUCCAGCUCUAUUUCUUUUAUAUCAGCUGUUUUAAAAUGCAGAUAUUUUGAUUGAGUGUCACAAUAUUUUGAAUAUGAGACUGUGCUCCUAUUCAAUCCAUACUCUUAUCAUUUUUUUUUCAAUCUUAACUUUUCUCUGAUUCUUAGAAUUUUGUUUUGAUAGAAAUUACCAUUAUUGAUCUUGAAUCCUUUCAUGAUUGCAUCCUUCUAGCCAGUGUCCUUCUGGCACACUGCCUGGUUGUCAUGGUAAAAUGAUUGGAGUAAACUUCCACUUCCAACAGUGUUUGGAGCAUUAGAACAGCAAUUCGAACUAAACUUAGGAUAAUGCUUAUAUUUGUAUUCAACUCUACUUCCUUACCUGAUCUUAGAUUUAGGUCUUCAAAUUAGGAUCAGAUUUAAGAAUACAAACCAUCGCUUCUGUUGCCAAAUGAUAUCUAACUACCUAUGGGAUUUGUAGUCAAUGCAAUCAAUUGUCGAAAAAUGAGUACAAUCAUUGCUAAGCUUUGUGUUACGGUCCCUGGGGCUCUUAACACAAAGUUAGUAAUUGAUUGCACAUUCUAAAGUCAUUGGUUCCACACAAUGAUAAGUUUGAUCAAUCAUACAUGACUUACCCUAGGGCCUGUAACCCAAAGCUUCGCAAUCAUCAUAGGGGCUAUUCCACGGUUACUCACGUUACAUUUGGAGACACACCUCGACUCAUACUUGGAGCUGUAACUUCAUUAUUAUUGAUAGGAACUAAACAUCUCUUUAUCACAACAUAGUACGCAGUCUGACUAUCCUUUGUAUAAAAACAAAACUUGGGAAAUUUCAUUAUGCUCCUGGCAAAUCUUUGAAAUGUGUCGGUUACUCAUGUUACAUGAUUUGGACAUGCAUAAAAUGAAAAGUGGACAUAAGUGAAAAGUGUCCUCAUGCAAGGCUUUUAUGAAAGUUGAUUAUAUCCAUUUCAAAGAAGUAUAUUAGGGAGACAAAUUUGGAUAUAAUUUAAAAAAUAAAGAACACAUUGUUUUUACUAGGGGUGCAGAUAAAGUGGUUACUCACGUUACGGUUCAGAUGGGCUACAUGUACAAAGACACAUUGAGCUCAUGUCCACCAACCUAUGGAAUUGCCCAUAGACUUAUCUUUCUAUGAUUUAUUACUUUGACUACAUUGUAAAAUCAAUCGUAAAAAUCAAGCGUUCGAUUAACCGCUAACUUUCGUGUUACUGGACCCUGAUUAUACAAUAUUUUGUACUAUUGACUUAAAUUUAAUGAAUUGGAAGAGAUUUCUGUAGUCCCAAGGGAUCAAAUUUUGGGCAGAGUAUUCCCUCGUGAAAACUGAAAGUUAAACCCAAUUGUGAAUCAGUUUUCACAAUUGUGUGAUGAUUAACAUUUUGUGAUAGGAAACAUUGCAGGCUGCACUCUCAUUUAUGUAAACAAAGUUGUCUGAUAUUGGGUUUCAAGGGAACAUGCAAGUUUGUUUUGGUAACAAAAAAUAUGUGUCAUUGGGUGAUUUUUACACAACAUUGCAUAAAAUUUACACAGGCAUGUUAUUUUGGGUGAUUUUUGCGCAAAACUGCAUGAAAUUUACACAGGCAUGUUAUUUUGGGUACCAAAAAAAUAUGUCAUUGUGUGAUUUUACACAACUUUGCAUAAAAUUUACACACGAUUUUACCCAACAACCAUAAAUGUUCCUCUUUAAUCUAAUAUUGUGUAAACCUUAUGUUUUAGAGUGAAGAAGAGUUUAAGUUAACAACUUAUCUUGGCUUGUCAUUAGAGGUGUAACCCAGCUCCUCCUAAUAUAAUUGGGGUAUCAUCAGAAAGAGAUCCGGUAAGGCUCUGACACAUCGUUCCAUGCAAGCCUCGCGGGUGAUUGCCCGCAGCAAAGUUUUGAGCAUGUUCAAAACUUUCAGAGCUUCCGGGGGCAACUACAUGUGAGAUACUGUCAAUGCGGGGGCCCUGUGAGCGACUUGUGGGUAGGAAAAAAUAUUUACCCGUAAGUCACGCACAAGGCUUGCAUGGAACGAUGUGAAAGGGCCUUCAAUAAGGUAGGCAGAUAUAUCACAUUAAAAUGUUAUCAGGACUGUUCUAAUGUUUAUAACUUGAGGAUAGUUAUGAAUACUUAUAUAACUGAGGGUAGUUAUGAAUACUUUUAUAACUGAGGAUAGUUAUGAAAUAAACUAAGGAUAGUUAUGAAUACUUUAUUUUUAUCAAUGAUGAGUAUUAGAAAUUUCCCUAAUAGAAAAAGGGGGUUUGGUAGCUCGAUCAUAACAGUGACUUGUAAACAUGCCAUUAUUUAAAAUUUUGUCACACUUAUAGUUGAAUCAUCUCUGUGUGGUGGUCAGCAAAGGCAUCCAUCCUGAUAUUGUGUUUCUUCAAGUCUUAUAGCUUGUACAGAGAUUUAUAGCAUGAUACAAGAGUCUGAUGAUUUGUUUCAUAUACUUGAAAACAGCUGAAUUCAAUACCAGUAUCUACUCUAAAUAUGUCAAUCUUUCAGUUGUGGAUAAGAAAAAUUGAUUUCAUUAUAGUAGAAAUCUGUUAAAUACUAACUGUCACUUUGCUAAACAAAGCAGAGUCUGACCAUUCAUUUCAAGGAACAUUAAUAUAUAUUUUUUGCCAGCCUAAAUCUACAUAUUGCUUUUGGGUUAUGUUUGUAUUUUUAAUUUGCUGUGAAUGUAAUUUGAUACAACUCAUUUUAUCCAUAUCAUUUUAUAGUACAUUUAUUUUCAAAGCUAUACAUAUGAAGUUAUAUUUCUUUUUGUAAAGCUAUAUUGAUUUUUGUGCUCAUUUUUCACCCUAAAGUUUUAAUUUAUGUAAUUAUUUUUACGUCUUUGGCUGUACAUCCUCCCUUCCCCCUUAGUAUGAUUUGCUUUCUAUUUUUUUAACGAUUCCCUAGUGAUUUUCAGCAAAAUUUAUGUUUCAAACUAAAAAAAUACCUCAAUUUAGAUGGUAAUUAUUGGUUGAUAUGACGGUAUGUAAGAUAUGACAAGUGAGUUGACUAAUUCCAACAACUGAGCUCAUAACAUCAGUCUGAUUACAUUUUUCAAAAUCAAUCAAUUUCACAUUGUAGGACAUCGUUUAUUACAGGUAUUCACAAGAAAUUUGAUUAUUCCUUCAUUGUGAUCAUGGUUUGAAACAUAUCAGUAUUUUUGUUUAGGUCUCAGCUUACCAGCAUAAACUGUUAAUAGGGCUGCGUAAUGAAAAAUAGAAAUGUACUCAGGAGAUUUAUAUGAUUUACAGUCCAGAAGGACACCAUUCUCUCACCAAGACUGCUUUUUUAAUAGAUAUUGUAAUAUCACAAUUUGGCACGAGACUGAUAUAUUACCAUUUUGGUCUUCAUCAGAUCCGAUGAAUGUUAAUAUAUCACUGUAGAAAUGUUCACAUAUUUGUGUCGUUUGGAUGAAAUUUGAGAUGAUUAUUUCAAUGCAGGCAUUGUAAUCAGAUUAUUUUGUGGUUUCCAUACAAAUGUGAUGUACAUGUAGUAUGCAGAAAAAUAAUGAAUUCUCUAUGUCCUUCAUAGUUAUUGUUAUUCAAAUAAAUGAAAUGUAGGAAUAUUUUUUUUCCCUCAGUAUUGAACAUUGUACUCAGACAUGCUAGUCUUCAUGCUUGUAUAAUUUCAGGCCUGGACAACUUCUCUUUUCACACAUUUUCUAGCUUUAUAUUGUACAUCACACAUGGGGCGUUAAUGUAUUCUGGCUUCUAUUCAGGACCCGUGAGUAAAACCGGCUGGCCUACCUGUGUACUGUAGUAUUUGCAAAAUGUUAGAUGUACUUUAAUUCUUUGCCGUGUGCAUCUAUGUACCUUGGUCUGAGGACAGUUGACCUAAUAAAAGUUGGUCUAAUUAAUUACUAUACUAUAAUUAUGGUCCAAUUAUUUGGUCUGAUAACCAAUUGAAUGAACAUCAUCAGAUGAUAAAUUUUCCUUAAUUUGUCUUUUGACCUUUGGGUCCAUUAAUAUUUUUUCUAAUCAUUCGACCAAGAGGCUACAAGGUACCUGACCAAAGUAGCAUCUACAGCUUUGCCAUGCAGGGAUUCAAGCAUGGCUUUUCCAGUCUCCCAUUGUUUCAUCUAUGGAAAAAUCGGAAGAUUGGAGAGGGAGAGAUGCCUAACUGGUUUCCCGAAAAACCUGUAGCAUUUAUCAUGCCACCAUCACACUUGCAAAACUGACUCUUUGUCUUUUCUUUUCUUAUGAAUACUGCACUUGAUCGCCUCAAAGAGGCUAUAAAGAUGGUACUCGCCUACUGAUGGUAUGUCAUUGGAAGCUAUGUCAUAUCUUUGGUCAGUCUGGAAUCACUUUCGUUGACUGCAGCGUUAGACAACAGACUUUAAUACUGGACAUUAUAUAAGAUGGUAAAUGCAUGAUGUAAAAGUAGCAAUUAGUCCAGGGCCCGGUUUGCAAUCAUUGGAAGCUAUGUCAUAUCUUUGGUCAGUCUGGAGUCACUUUCGUUGACUGUAGCGUUAGACAACAGACUUUAAUACUGGAAAUUAUAUAAGAUGGUAAAUGCAUGAUGUACAAGUAGCAAUUAGUCCAGGGCCCGGUUUGCAAAGAGUUAUGAUUGAUCCGAUCAAUAACAACUGUGGAAAGCCAGCAACCCCAACAUAUGGAAUGGAUACUCUUUUUAAUCAAAGUAUAUGAUGUAUAUAUACGCUUCCAUGCAUCAUUAUCUAGAUAAACCAGUUUGCUCCUCGUUUCCAAAUGAGUGUUAUGUACUUAUAUGCAGAAUUGAUGGAGGGAUUGAUUCAUGGAUUGAUGACAUCAAUGGAUUUCUUAGUUGAUCUUAAAUGGAUCAGUCACAUCACUUUGUAAGACAGGGCCCAGAUGGUGAUUAGAUGAAUUUGCUAAUGACAUGCAAUAAGACCGUAUGGGAUCAGACUAAAUGGGUAUUGAACCAAGUAUAAUGAGACAAAGUGGAAUUUAAACCAGGGUCCUGUAACGCAAAGGUUAGCGAUCGAUUUUCACGGUUGAUAUUACAUUGUAGUCAAAGCAAUCAAUCGUAAUGAUAUUAUUCUACGAUGAUAGCUAAGCUAAUACCUCAGUCACAUUUGCUCUACGGCGGGCGUACGGCGAGUCAAAAACAGCAGUUUUAUCCAUAUUUAUUCAAACCACCUAUAUGUAGCUGUUACAAAACAAAAUGUUAAAACGGCUGUUUUCGACUCGCUGUACGGCUGCCGUAGAGCAAAUGUGACGGAGGUAUUAGUUGUUACAUGCCCCUGACAAUCCUUGUAGAUGGCAGAACCCUUAUUCAUUCCUACUUGUCAUUCAUGUAAGUAAAUUGCCACUUGGUCUCAAGCCAGUUUAACCUAAUGAAUAUUUGGUCUAAUAUCCAUUUAACCAUUAUAUCUACUUUACAGUUAGGCUACCGAUUUUAUACGAUAUCCAUGUGGUUUAACAACACUUAGUCAACCUGUUUACGGAUCAUAUCUUCGUAUGACAAGUGCAAAAAAGCUAGAUGAAUUAGAAAUUUGACCAUCUGAUCAUUAGAUUAAAAAAGUUAGCCCAAGUGAAUAUUAGACCAAGUGAAAAUUGGACCACGUUGGUUAAGAAGAUAAUCUUGGAAUAAAACUAUAUGCUCGUAGUUCAUGUGAAUAUAGACCCAGUCAGAGAUACCCAAUUCUGUGUUGAUGAAGACAAUUUACUUAAUAAUUGCUCAA